AUGUCAGAAUACAAGGUGGAGUAUGAUUCGGAGCUGGAUUCCUUCCAGCUCUACCACCGAUACGAAGAACGCCAGCCGAACCUAGACUGGAAGCGCGCCGCUCUCAGCGGGCCUGCACUUCCGGCGCUGGGUAAUGCCGUCGCGGGUGCAGUCGGCUCCGCACUCUCGAACGUCGCUACGUAUCCGUUGAGUUUGAUCGUUACGCGAUUGCAGACGCAGAAGGUCAGAAAGGGUACAGAGUCGGAGUCGGAUGCUGAAUAUACCAGCGUCAUUGACGCAGCUCGCAAGAUCUACGCCGAGGAAGGCAUCACCAGUUUUUACACGGGUCUAGCGCAAGAUACGAUAAAAUCCGUUGCGGAUUCGUUUCUCUUCUUCCUUGCGUACGAGUUCUUUCGCCAGCGGAGGAUACGUGCCCGGUUUGGGAAUACGCGCCGGAGCAAACAUACGGUUUUACCGGUGCUAGAUGAGUUAGCGGUGGGGGUCCUGGCAGGGGCGUUUGCGAAGUUGUUUACGACGCCGUUGGCGAAUAUUGUGGCAAGGAAGCAGACGGCGAAGGCUUCUGUUGAUGGUGGUACGAGGGAGAUUGCUGCGCGGAUUAGGGCUGAGAAGGGACUACGGGGGUUUUGGUCUGGAUAUUCGGCGUCGUUGAUACUGACGCUUAAUCCGUCGAUUACGUUUUUCUUGAACGCUGUGUUCAAGUAUGCCUUGUUGCCGAGGAAUCAGCGGCAGAAGAGACCGUCUGCUGUGGCGACGUUCUUCUUGGCGGCGGUCAGCAAGUCGAUUGCCUCGUCGGUGACUUAUCCGUUUUCGAUGGCGAAGACGCGGGCGCAAGUUGCGGGGAGUCAGACUACGGUGACUUCUGAUGGGGAGAAGAAGGAGGAUGAAGGGGUGUCGUUGAUGCCGGCGAUUGUCAGUACUGUGGUUGCGAUUGCGCGCACUGAAGGUGUUGCUGCGCUUUAUGCCGGGCUACCCGGGGAGGUGCUCAAGGGCUUCUUCUCGCAUGGGUUUACGAUGCUCGCGAAGGAUGCGGUGUAUUCGGCUAUUGUGAAGAGUUAUUAUCUUUUGUUGAUUGCGCUUCGGAGGUAUCCUACGCCGGAGGAGCUGCUUCAGCGAGCUCGCGAACAAGCGGAGGAAUUUGCUGAUGCUGCCCGUGAGGGUGCUCGUGAUUUGGCCGAGCGAACGCGGAGUGGCACGGAGGAAGUCCUGAGUCACCAGGCUGGGGGUGUGACGGUCGAUAUGACUUCGAGUGAUUUGGCGGAUUCGAAUGAGACGGCGGAGAUGGUGGGGGAUUAUGUCGAGGAUGAUGGUAGUGCGAAGAGUUUGUAUCAUUGCUUCUCUUCUCCAACCAGCAUCCCUAUGUCGACCGACCCCCACCCCGGUCCCGGUCUAGGGGACCUGGAGAAAGAACUCACCUGCUCGAUCUGCACGGAUCUGCUCUACCAGCCUCUCACCCUCCUGGACUGCUUGCACACCUUCUGCGGCUCCUGUCUCAAAGAAUGGUUCUCUGCACAAGCGUCCCGCGCCCGGUCAUCAUCAUCCGUCCGGUUCACAUGUCCGUCCUGUCGCGCGGUUGUCCGCGAAACCCGCCCUAAUGCUACCGUCACCACAUUACUGGAUAUGGUUUUGGCGGCGAGUCCCGACCGGGAUAAGUCGGCUGAGGAGAAGGAGGAAAUUGCGCGGAGAUAUAAACAUGGUGAUUCGGUGUUUCCUACUUUGCCUUCGGCUGAACGGGGGAGCGAUGCGUCGGAUGAUGAGGAUCGGCGGUUGUUGGAGGAGGUAAGGGAAUUGAGUCUGCAGGAGAGUCGGGUUCGGACGAGAGAUACUACGGCUGCUACUGGUUAUCGGUCGAGGCAGUCGUCGCGGACUCGUCGCACGGAUUCGAGUGCUGAUGUGGAUGGGGCGCGACAACGACGGCGUGAGGAGGAGCGUGCUGCGCGGCGACGGCAGGGGGAGACUGUUUCGGAACGCAAUAGACACAUCGAGCAUCAGUCUAGUUUGCGGUCGUUGUUGAGUCUGUCGGAUACGGAAACGAUACAGGACCAGAUUCUACGGCAGAUUCUGGAGGAGGGGCUGCUGGAUGAUAUCGACUUGGAUAAUCUGGCUCCCGCGCAGGAAGAGGAGCUUAGUGAGCGCAUCGCUGAUGCUUAUCGUCGGAGGCAUAGAUUGCGGUCUCGCUCGCAGCAACGGUUGGAGGUUCGGGAGACACAUCAACCGUCGUCACGGGCUCGGGCUCGCUCGCAGUCUACGCAGAGACCACAGGAAAGUUCUACGCCGACCGAGUCUAGUCGGAGUCCUCCUGUGUCGAGACCGUAUCUGCUAGAUCCGCUUGUGGCACGCAAUGGAGCUUCGGGUCAUCAGAGACGAUUGUCGGAUCAGGGCAGCAGUCGCCGGCGAACGUCUCCUGUGCCUGCGAAUCCUGCGUCUUCAUCGGAGGUCACGCUGAGGCCUGCAGCGCGGUCGUCUAGUGAUGUGAUUACUGAUCGACCCCGGAAUUCGCAGGCUGCCCGAGUGCGAACGGAUUCAUCCGUGCCACGGUCUCGGCGUGCUACGGCGUCUGAGCAGAAUACUCCGAACAUCUGGGUGGAAGGCACCAGGGAACGUGCCAUCCGACGAGCCCCGGGGAGGUUAUCCAUCGAUUCACCACGAGUGGUUGCAGCUCUUGAGCAGAACACACACACUGGUUCCUCGCCAGCGAGCCCUGGGAUGGUCGUCCCUGUGACCAGUUCCUUAGUGGCAGAAGUUGGAGGAACCGGUAGAUCAGAGACGCGAUCUCGACCAUCUUCAUCUCGGUCCAAUGUGCCUCGCUCUGCUAUCACGUUCAGUGAACCGUCUAUUUCAUGCGACCGAUGUGGCAAGGAGAAGAUACAAUACGAUCUACACAAGAAGUGCCCCAAAUGCAAUGAUGGCAAAUACAACCUGUGUUUGAGGUGCUAUCGCACCGGCGAAGGAUGUCUCGAAUGGGCAGGCUUCGCAAGAUCGGCAGAAGCGGGCUUUGAACGCAUUAUCGCUUCUUCAAGCGGCCAUCCCCCACCACUACGCAGCUCCCAGCAGCACAUCCUACUGUCGUGCAAGUACCGUCGAGCACCAGACACAGCCUACCGUUCCGACCGAGACGGACGAGUCCUGACCACCGACGACCCAGGAAACAGACUAACCACCGGCUUCUUCUGCGAUAGCUGCCAAUCUCCAGCCAACGACUGUUACUGGAAGUGUGACCAGUGCAAUGAAGGUGACUGGGGUUUUUGCAACCGCUGCGUGAACCAAGGACGAUGCUGCACCCAUGCUCUUCUCCCAAUCUGCCGCAUCCCACCCAACAGCAACCCAUCCCCCACCGCAACCGACAGCACACCCUCCCCAUCUCUCGAAACCUACAAGAUCCUCUCCAUCGCAACAAACUGCGACAUCUGCACACACCCAAUCCCAGACUCCACUCCCCGCUUCCACUGCCUCCAAUGCAACAACGGCGACUACGACAUCUGCACCAACUGCUACCUCCGCCUCGUGGCCAUCGGCAAGAUCCGUAAAGAGAACGGCCACAACGGCUGGCGCCGCUGCCUAAAAGGCCAUCGCAUGGCGGUAAUCGGCUUCGAAGACCACGAAGAAGGCCAACGCCGCGUCGUCCUCCGCGACCUCGUCGGCGGCCGUGCCCUGAACGACGACCACCUCAUCCAACCCUCCUCUCCAGCAGCCUCCCCAAUCACCGCUAUUUCUUCUUCCAACUCCACCAUCGCCUCCCCCGAAGUCGGCUCCGGCGACUGGAGCUGGAAAGAGGGCUCCGAGCGACGCAAAAAGGCCUCGCGCAUUAGACCCUGGACUAUCGGUGUCCGUGAUCGUGAUCGUGAUCGUGAUCGUGACCGGUCCUCCGAACCAAGCACACCCACCAUCACCACACCUUCCCCCUUCACCACAUCCAACCCAGCUAUAACCUCACAGAUAUCAUCUCCCCCCACCACUCCUAAUACUACGAUGAUGACUCCGACCAACACCCGCCGCUACCCACCCGACGGCGGCGUCGGAUUAGUCGUCCAUGCCCUGUGGUCAUGGUACCCCGAAGACGGAGUCAAAGAUGAAUUGAUGUUUCCGCGCGGCGCAGAAAUCACUGAGGCAGAGAAUAUCAAUGAUGAUUGGUACUGGGGGUGUUAUGCUGGGUUGACGGGGUUGUUUCCGGGGGCGCAUGUGUUUGUUGCGGGGGAGGUGGUUUAA